UGCAGAGGGGGCGGGGCCCGUGCGUGGCUGCUCUGCGACCUGCUGGGAGUCUUUGAACUUGGGGCCGGGCCGUGGCGCGCGGCGCUGACCCCGGGCCAUGGAGCGGCGGCCGGCUGGGUCCCUGGGGCCGCUCUCCGAGGAAACCUUUCCCCGCCUGGCCGAGGCCGGGGUGCGGAGCCCCGAGUUCACCGCGCUUUGCGCCCGUCUGGUGGCGGAGCUCCGAGCCCUCUGCCCCUUGGAGGAGGACCUCAGUCCCACCAGCGGCCCUGAAGACGCCGAGACUUUCCAGAUUGAGCUGAGCGGGCUGCUGCAAGAGCUGCAUUGUCCCUACCCCGCGCUCACCACGGGGGACGUGACCGCCCGGCUGGGCAGCGCCCGCAGCUGCCUCCAGCUGCUGAGCUUCCUGAGCUCAGAGCUGCAGGCCGCCCGGCUCCUGAGCUGGAAACGCCCCCCUUCGCCGCAGCAGGGAGAGGGGGCCGAGGCUGCCCGGCGAGAGCUGCGGCUCAUCAGCCAGGCACUGGGCAGGCCGGAGCCGGCUCCGACCUGCCCCGUUCCCCAGCUCCUGGAGGACAUAAAAUCCAAGGUAGCCGAGGCCCUGUCCGCGCUGCCCCCCGGCCCCCAGGAGAUGGCGCCGCUGCUGAGGGCGCCGCUGACGGCUCAGCAGUGGGAGGCGCUGGAGGGGGUCCGGCGAGCCCUGUGCGCCGAGUACGAAUGCCGCAAGCGCAUGAUGAUCACGCGCUUCAACGUCACCCUGCAGUCCUUCCACUGGUCCGAGAGGGCGAAGGCCCACGGCGCCGCCCUGCUGGCUGCCCUCUCCCCGCUGCGGCAGGCUGAGUCGGUCGCCUCCGGCGUCACCCUGGCCCGGCUGCUGGCCGCCCGCGAGGACGCCUCGCGCAUUGUCAGUGCCAGCAGUGGGCUCUGCCGCCACCGGACCAGCUGCGCCAUCAAUAAGGUGCUGAUGGGCGGCGUCCCGGACCGAGGGGGCCGCCCCAAUGAGAUCGAGCCCCCCAUGCCCACCUGGGAGAAGAGGCGCGAAGGGGGGGGAGGCCAGCCGCGCUGGGGCCGCCGGAGCAAGAAGAAGAAAUGAAGCCCGCUCUGUCUGUGCUGGGAGCUCCCCCCCCCCCCCCCCCCCCCGCACACACGCUGCAGGGGGGACGGGCAGAACAUCCGGGGGGCAAAGACUCAAGGACUCUAGAGCCGCCCUAUGCAGAGUGGGCGGUGGAGGGGAGUUGGGGCUCAGAGGGGCUGCUGCCCCCUACAGCCAGGGGUGAUAGAGCAGCUACUGAUCAGAGGUCAGGACGCCUGGGUUCCAUCCCCAGCUCUGGGAGGGGAGUGGGGUCUGGUGGCUAGAGCAGGGGGGCUGGGAGCAUAAGAAGUCAGGCUUGGAAACUCUUGGGAGUGUACCAUGUUGCACUUUCCACGUUGCCCAGCAGGGGGUGCUGCAGCUUUUGCCUUGGCAAGCGGAACUCGGAGCGGAUUGUUUUGGAAGGGGGGCGGGGAGGAUGAUUCUCGUUUGUAAACUGAGGCACGAGGAGGCUGCCUUGCUGGCAGGGAGCGGGAGGGUCCUGCUCUGGGGACCCCGGCGGGCUGCGUUAGGGGGCUGGCAGGUGGGUCUAUGCUGUAAAUUUCAGGCUCUGGCCUCAGUCAAGGGGUGGGUUUGUACUGUGAUCGUUCCCCGCCCACACGUUCUUUAAAUGGAUCCGGAGGGACCUUCCGAGGGGAUUAAAGUGUCGAAGCAAA